AUGUUUAAAAUCAGACACAUUGCAGAAGGUCACAUAUGUGCUUCAAACAUCGUACUCAGUACUCAUAGGCAAGUAACAAAGACAGUUGUGUCAACCUGCAUUAAGUACAAGUACACAUCAUCGCGCACCAUAUACACACUGAAUGAUAUACGCAACGACAUGCUGCAUACAUAUGGAGUAUCUUUGAAUUAUGUCCAAGCUUGGCGAUCUCGAGAGGAAACUCUGAAAGUGCUAAGGGGUGCAUCUAUACGGGGAUGGAAACAUUGUAAGCCAGUUGUUAUGGUUGAUGACAUCUAUCUAAAUGGACACUAUGAUGGCACCUUAUUCACGUUAAGGAAAGCAAAUGGGGACAGAGACGGUUUGUGCUUCAUGUCGGAUCGUCACAAUAGCAUAAAAAGGAGAUUGAAAACGUGUAUCCGGGAGCAUGUCAUGGGAUAUAUUCGACAAAACAUAACAAAAGCAUUCAAUGCAGCUGUACGUGCCUACACACUAUUGAAAUAUGAAUAUUACAUGCAACAACUCGGCUCGAUUAAUGAAAAGAUAAGGGGUUAUCUGGACGAAGUUGGACCUGAGAGAUGGUCACGUUUCCACAUGCCUUCAAAUCGGUAUUUCACAAUAACAUCGAAUAUUGUGGAUUCGGUUAAUACAGUCGCAAAACACAAGGAGUACACCAAAGGCACUUUUACAACCUUGUUAAGCAAGUAUAAGAAGAAGAUGAGGGAAAUGGUAUUUGUUUUCCCUAAUAAUCAGGCAAUGUUCUCAGUUAACGGUGAAAGUUCCUCUUUCGUUGUUGAUAUAGAAAACCGGACAUGCACAUGUAGGAUGCUUCAAGUUAAUCAACUACAUGGUCCACAUGCUUUGACUGUGUUUACGAGUAUGAAGAUGGAUCCAUAUGAAUACUGCUCCUACUACUACACAAGUGAAGCAUUCAGAAAUACAUACCAAGAAACCAUUUUUCCUGUAGGAAAUCUAGCUGAAUGGAUAGUGCCAAAUGAUGUCCAUAACAUAGUUGUAAUUGCACCUAAUCAAAAGCAAAGUUGUGGAAGGCCUACUGAGAAGAGAUUCAGACCAGCGUAUGAGGAAAACAUAGCCGUCAAAUGUGGCCGGUGUGGUGAAAGUGAUCACAAUCGUAGAACAUGUAACAGCUUAGUUCCGUUGAGUCAAAGCAACAAGAAUAAAGAGAGGAAGAGAAUGAAGACUGGAAAUACACAUUGA